AUGGCGCGCGAAUUGCGUUUCUCGCGCGAAUUGCGUUUCUCUCGCUCGUCACCAAGGCUUACCACGACAGAGGCUCUGGCUUUGCAUGAGGCCGUAACUCCUGACCGCUGGUGCGUGACCCGAUCAGAUCUUAUGUUUUUGCGGCAAGAGGUCUGGCGAGCCAUCCAGAGUGGGAAAAUUCGUCCUCCUGAUGACGGUGAUCCGUUUGAGAAGGCCGACCUCCAGUAUGGGCCAAACAUCCACACGGUGAACAGGCAGUACAUCAUGCCGGUGACGGAGGAAGCCGGCAAGGUCAGCUGGGCGCUGAUGUUGCAUCCGGAUGGCUUGGACUGCGACUUGUUCAUCAGCCAUGCCUGGCUGGAGGGUGUAUUCGAGUUUCUGUCCAAGGUCUUGCAUUCCUGGCCUGCGGGUUCACGGCACGUUUGGUGCUGCAUGCUGGCUAACCCGCAGAAUUUGGACAUAGGAUCCUAUUUGCAAUCUCCCAGCAGCUCGCCCUUCGCACGAGCGCUCCAGGCCGCCACGUGCGUCCUUGUGGUGCCCAACCGCCACUGCAGCAUCUACACCAGGCUCUGGUGCGGCUACGAAGCCUACCGCGCUCACGAGGAGGGAAAGACCAUCUACAUUGCCAGAGCAUCGAAUCGGCGACAGCUGCGAGAUGCCUUGCUCUGGGCAGGCUUGUCAGGACUCAUCGGCAUGAUAUGUGGCGCUUGUUUGGGACACUUCAACAUCCACAUUGUCAACAUCUUUAUCCAGCCGAUGCUGACGUACAUAGUAGUGGCUAUCUCUUGUAUCAGCGGCAUCAUUAACCACAGCAGCUGUCGCAAGGUGUUGAACAGGAUCGGUGCUCUGACCUCUGGCUUUGUCUUCAUAUUUGGGCGAAGCUGGGGUUUCGAUCCCGAUGGUGUCGAUGGCGCGCCGUUUGUGGUACAGCGCUUGUAUGAUUUGAUAUUCUUCUUGCUGUUGGAGGUGGACCGCGUCAACGGCGAUGCCAACAUGGAGGAAGCGCAGCAUCUCAGAAGCGGGUUUUCGGGCAGCAUAGUGCAGGCAACGUGUUCCAGGGACGUUGAUGCAGAGCGCAUUUUCACAGAGAUUGGCGAGAAAACCGCUGAUGUCGACUAUGCUAUCCAUGUGCUUCUAGCUGCAGGAAUGUCAUCACCAACACUUCGGGCGGUUGCAAAACGAUCGAUUGAUAUUCGAGGAGCGGGUCACGCCGAAAUUGCUUUUCCGUUCCUUGCACUUGUGCCGCUUACUUUGGAAACUGCGUGGUCAAUUUACGGUGACUUCGUCUACCACAACAACGACGUUUACCUACGCGUUGCCCCCUUCUGGCUCAUCCACAGCAUCACAGUUGCGGCUCGCGUUGGCCUGCUCAUCCUGUUAUGGCGUUCACCUCGUGAUGAAAGAUGCUUCAUCUUGAAAAUGAUUUGCAAGAUGGUGGCUGUUUACCUGAUCCUCUACUGCUCUCUUCAUGCAGUUUGGACGUCACAGCAGAGCAUAGUUGCGCAGUUUCAAUAUUGGUGUGUUCUGCCCCUGACGGCUUACACGAGCAUGCUCGGACUUGCUUGCCUUGGCAUGCAGCGACUCGCAUCUGUGCCCGCUUGUGGAACUUGUUUGCUCCAGCUCUUCCUCGCCCGAGCAAGAG